AAAAUAAGAAGAGAGAGAGGGAGCCAGUCAUUAUUAAAUAAAUAAAUAAAAAGAAAUUCCAUCAUUUGCUUCAAUUUUUGGCUUUGAGAUUACAAUUUCAGAGUUCAGACCAUUUGGAAUUGGAUUCAAUUUGAGUCAGAGAGCAGAUGGCCAUGCAACUCCAAUUUCCAUACGGUGGUGUACGAUUACGCGUCUCACAACCGGCGCACCUUAGCAGAAGGCUUACUCCUUUUGCUACCCUAUCUCCUCCCCGAGCCGAUGAUGGCGUUGACUGGGUCAAAGCUACUUCGACCUUCUUCCAGAAAGAUACCCGACCCAUUAUGUUAUUUGAUGGUGUUUGUAACUUAUGUAAUGGAGGUGUAAAGUUUGUACGUGAUAAUGAUCGAAAUAGGAGAAUAAGGUUUGAGGCUCUUCAAAGUGAAGCUGGCAAGAAUCUUCUUAGGAGGUCAGGAAGAGCACCAGAUGAUAUAUCAAGUGUUGUUCUUGUUGAAAAAGAUAGAUCAUAUAUUAAGUCAGAAGCUGUUUUAAAGAUAAUGGAAUAUAUAGACUUGCCUUUUCCCCAAUUAGCUUUCUUCCUACACUUCGUACCACUAUUUGCGAGAGAUUUUAUGUAUGACAAUGUUGCAAACAAUCGUUACACAAUUUUUGGUCGUUCAGAAUCAUGUGAGCUAUAGAUUAUAUCAUCAGUAAUUUCUAUUGUACUGUAUGUGGAAAGUACCUAAAACAGAGAUCUUGCUCUGCCAAUACUAUAUUGCUUUGUUUUGUAUUGUAUUGUAUGUUACAUGGAUUAUGCAAGUUAGUUUAUGUGUUUAUUAACUAAUACACGAUUGAAUUCAGAAAGGCAUUGAAUUGUAUACUAAUUUACAAGGAACAAGUGAUAUUUAUAUGAUAUUCUUAUUAGAAAA